AUGUCAGAACAUCCUACGACAUCAUGGCAGGCGAUGCAAAAUGGCACUGUGUUCUAUCGUCGACAGCAGCUCUAUUCAAUAUUAGGCAAACUACCUGAUUUGGGUGACUACAUCAUCGCUGGAUGUCGUUAUAGCGGUCCUCUAGCCAUGAUGAGAGACAACACUAAACUGAUUGCUGUUGGCCGUGUAACGCCAGCGCAUGCAAAAUCUCAAAUUCAAGUCUACUCUUCGGCAGGAGAAGGCUUAUUACUUUUUAGUUGGGACCAUGGUCGGAUCAUCCGCUUUGGAUGGACUCUGAACGAACAGUUGGUUGUACUCAACGAAGAAGGAGUAUAUCGGGUAUACGACCUACAAGGAGAGUAUCAACAGUACUCUCUGGGAACUGAGGCUUCUGAAGUGGGAGUUGUUGAUGCGCGUAUGUACGAGAACGGAAUGGUCGCUCUGACUGGUUCCCUGACUCUACUAGAGGUCAAGGGAUGGGAAGGAGCGCGACCAAUGACCCUAGCAAAUCCAAACUUGACUGAUCCUCCUAUGUCUUGGGCUAUCAUUCCACCAGAUUCCAACAUUUCAAGACACGUCGAAGUCUUGCUCUCAGUAGAGAACACUAUUUACACCGUCGACAAUCUUGAGAGUGUGGAUCAACGUCUUUCUCAAGGGCCUUUCACUCAUCUUUCCCCGUCUCCCAAUGGCAAAUCUCUUGCCCUUCUAAAUGCAUCUGGAACACUUCUUGUUGUAUCUUCAGACUUCCAACGUCGCAUGGCAGAAUUCGAUACGCUCAACGUUCCUUCCGCUCAAGGCAACGUUAAACAGGUCGAAUGGUGUGGAAACGAUGCCAUCGUCGUUACUUGGGAUUCGCUCGCUGUGCUUGUCGGCCCUUUUGCCGAUACCCUCCAAUACUAUUACGUCGGUAACACCUUCGCUAUUACAGAGACGGAUGGUGUACGAAUACUUGGUGCAGAUGCUUGCGAUCUCAUUCAGAAAGUUCCCUCCUCUACGCUAUCAAUUUUCAGACCCGGCUCCACUUCGCCUGCAGCUAUCCUCUAUGAUGCUUGGGAGAGUUUCUCACAACGUUCUCCGAAGUCUGAUGAAAGUAUCAGGAGCAUUCGCCCUGAGCUUGCCACUGCUGUAGACAGAUGCAUCGAUGCCGCUGGGCAAGAGUGGGAACCCUAUUGGCAACGUCGGUUGUUGAGCGCAGCGAAAUUUGGUCAAGGAUUCCUCGACUUAUAUGAUCCAACAGACUUCAUUAACAUGGGUCAAACACUUAAAGUCCUAAAUGCAGUCCGAUUCUAUGAGAUUGGAAUACCAUUAACAUAUGCUCAGUACUCCUAUACCUCCCCAACGCAUCUCAUUUCACGUCUUACUUCGCGCAACAUGCAUCUGCUCGCAUUGCGAAUAUCAACGUUUCUCUCGCUCAAGCCGGACGUAGUUCUGAAACAUUGGGCUAGCGCGAAAAUUAUGCGUACCCGUCCGGUGGCUAGUGGGACCGGCAAAGAUGCCGAGCUGGACAGUGAUGAUGAAGUGUGUCGACUCAUAGUCGAUAAAUUCAAGCAGCUAGGGGAUGUCGAAGUUAGCUACGCCGAAAUUGCUAAACGCGCUUGGGAGGUCGGCAGGACUGGGUUGGCAACCAAACUGCUUGAUCAUGAGAAACGAGCUUCUGAUCAGGUUCCCUUGCUGCUCUCGAUGAAAGAAGACCGCCUAGCUUUACAAAAAGCUGUGGAUAGCGGCGACACCGAUUUAGUCUACCAAGUUCUGCUUCAUCUUCACAAGCACCUUACGCUCGGUUCCUUCUUCCGUCUCAUAGAAGAUGGCGGGGAACACCUAGCGCCUGCCAGCCGCUUACUACAAGUCUACGCUCGCGAGCAGGAUAGAGACAUGCUCCGAGAUUUCUAUUAUUCCGAUGAUCGCCGGGUCGAAAGUGCUGUCUUGGCUUUAGAAGAGGCUUCGCACAUGGUGGAUCCUUCCGCUCGGAUAACAGCUGUUAAAUCAGCCCAGAAGUUUUUCUCUGAGGAUAAAGAUCGCAACUUUGAGGCAAAGAUGAUGGACGAAUAUUCUCGCCUGCUUACUCUCCAACAACAAUUAGAGGCCGAGGCAGAUGGUAAAGUUACAUUCUUUGGACAGAGCGUGAAUGAAACGAUUCGAACCUGUAUCGUAAAUGGAAUGCUCAAGCGGGCUGAUAAAGUCAAGUCGGAUUUCAAGGUGCCUGACAAACGCUUCUGGUACACGAAAUUAUAUGCUUUGACUGAAGUCCGCGACUUCGAAGGAUUGGAUGCUUUCUCAAAAUCAAAGAGGAGUCCGAUUGGGUAUGAGUCUUUCGUGCGGCACUUGGUAGAAAAAGGGCACAAUAAAGAAGCUGUCGCCUACGUCGCCCGCUGUGAUCCACCGAAGCGGGCAGACCUUUAUGCUGAAUGUGAUGAGUGGCGGAUGGUCGGGAAGGAGUGUAAAGAUCGUGGUGACAAGGCUAAGCUUGAGCAACUUCGGAAGAAGUGUCCGAACUCUUUAAUAGCUCGGGAACUAGAGCAAAUCGCGAUAUCGAUGAAGUGA